CGAGAAUGUACGGUAGAAGGACGUAAACCACGAGGGCCCAACAAACGUCCACAGCUGGUGUCCCAGCUCAAAGAAAAGGAUGCCCAGCUUGCCGAACGGAAUAGCAUAAUUCAACAGCUACUGCAGCAGCUCCAAAGCUCUCGGCUCAACGGUUCCAGCCCGUCGACGCCGCUUCCCGGCACUCGACGACAAACUCCGAACCCGGAGGUCGUCGGGUGGGUCAACCAGCUGGAGCAGAUCACGCCCAAGCAGGCCGCCCUGUCCGAAAACUGGAGGCAAGCACAGCAUGAGGAUGAUGAGGACAUGAGCAGCUCCCCGUCCGAGGACUCCGAGAGCGACUCAGCUCAGGAGGACGACGACCCAAAUCCUCUGCCGGACUCCUCUGUUCCUUUAGGCCUCUUUGCAAAUCUCGCGUUAGGGAACAAGAAGGGCAAGGAUGAACCAUCAGACGAUAGUGCUGAUGCCACGGGUAUCGCGAGCGCCUCCUAUUUCAGGCCAGGCCCUGCGUACGAUCUAUCGGCUCGGAAGGAGUUGAUCGAGUCCACGACACUCCCGGCCAUCGUUGCGCAGGGCUUUGUAACUCCUGCCGAUGUUGUAUCGUUAUUUGAAGUAUAUUACGAGUGGUUGAACCCAUGGAUACCUAUCCUAGAUCCCGUUCUCUAUACCCCAGUUGCAACAUUCAAGCGCUCACCCCUGCUAUUCACAGUCGUUUGUGCAAUUGCUAGUCGAUAUCAUCCCAGCAAGCAACACAUCUACCCCUUGGCUAUGGAUCUCGCCAAAAAUGAGGCCGCAGCGGUGCUCGUCAACGGACUCAAAUCCGUGGAAGUCGCUCAGGCCUUCUUAAUCCUGGCUGUGUGGCCCACGCCCUAUCGUAGGUGGGAAGAAAAUCGUAGCUGGAUAUAUGCUCGUCUGGCUACAACAAUGGCAGUCGAAUUUGGUCUGCAUCAAAUCAAAUUCAGAGGGCCGAAAAACGAAAUCAGAGACAGGGAAACCAUCAUGGGCAUCCGUGUCUUUAUUCUACUAGUCGAAACGGAAUGGGGGAUGGCCGCGCGAUGGGGAAAACCAUUCAGCACGAAACGACCAAACGACUACGUGGACCUAACGACGUUCUACAAAAUCUCCGAAUAUAAUUCACCAAGCGACGUGGGAAUCUGUGCAUACGAUUGUCUUCUGCAAGUCUUGAUGGAGUGGUCUGAAGAAUCCAGAGAUAUUGCGGGAUCCAACACAGGUGUUCAGCAGUCGUGUUUGGAGAUCAUCGAACAGAAGGUGCGACGCUUCGAUGCAAAACUCACCGAUCUACACGACGAAUGGAUCACUCGCAUGGAAGAGCAAAUUAAGUCCUGCCCAGAAGUGUAUCUUGCUUCAGCCAAGUUCCGACGAGAUUUGUGGCCUUACGCCGUGACGUACUCGCGUCUCCUUGUCUGCUCCUUCUGGUUCCGCGCUGCCCUCAAAAGGGGGCUAACAGCCGAUAACGCUGAACUGUUCAACAAGUGCCUAGAAAGCGCCACAAACGUUGUUACAAUGUCUACGCAAACAUUGAUACCCAGCAAGUUCAUGAAAUACGCUCCGGACGCAUGGUUCGACCAGGCUGCAUUUGCGUCUGCUUUCCUCUUGAAGCUGGCCGCUCUGCAGCCUAAGCUCCCGGGUUUAUUCUCGGACUCGCAGAAAGCAUCGAGUAUUCAACUCGUCCGAAAAUUCAUCGCCGGGUAUCGAGCAUCAGCAGUUGAUGAGCAACAUGCGCCCAGCCUCUAUGCCCGCUUCCUGGACAAUAUUAUCACGAGGCGUUUCUCUUCGUCAGAGCCCCAGGAUUAUCUGAAUUCCAAGGACGGUCACAGCAGCCGAUCGCCUUCUGCGGCGCCAAGCACUGCCUCCAGCGAAGGUUCCCAAGCUUUCUAUACGAGCGUUUUCUCCGUCGUGCCACCAUCAGGCAAUCGCACUUCUGCGCCCCAACCUGAGCCCACCCCCAUGUACGGGGGCUCGCUGUUCGACCUCGACAAUUGGAAUUUUGAUCCCAUACCGUCGUUCAAUGGAGGUGAUCGAGCCUACGGAUUCAAUCCAAAUAUACCCGGUAAUCAAACCCCUUUCUAGAGACAAGAGGAGCCUCCUUCGUCAAGCUUUUUUGUUACGUUUUGUGCUAUAUUUCGACUAAUGCUGAAGCCUUGCCCUGGAUAUCAUAUGUACUACGUUGUGGAGCUGAUCACAAUGAUCAUGCAUAUCGUGACUUGGUACCUAAUACAUCACUUAUUUC